AUGUCUAAGGAGCUCAAGGUCUUCACACGCGAGGAAGUUGCUCAGCACAACAAGGGGGAUGAUCUCUGGAUCAUUGUCGACACGAAGGUCUAUGAUGUCACUAAGUUUAAGGGCAUGCAUCCCGGCGGUAUCUCGGUCUUCUUCGAAUCUGACAUCGCUGGGCAAGACGCGACAGAAGCGUUCUACGGUCUUCACCGCCAUGAAGUCCUCCUCAGGCCCCAGUACCAGCGUUUGAUCAUCGGUACUAUUAAGGAUGAAAAGCCGUCCAUCGAGGGGAACGUUCCCGGAAAACUCAGCAAGGUUCCCUACGCAGAGGUCACCGGUUUCACCCCUGGCUUCCACAGCCCAUACUAUAAGGAUACUCACAGGAAGUUCCAAGCGGCAGUGCGCAAGUUUGUCGACGAGGUUGUGACUCCUGAUGCCUUGGCGCGCGAGGAUGAUGGCAAGCGACCAAGUCCCAGCGUGAUCAACGCCAUGGCCGAAACUGGCAUUCUCGCCAUGGCCAUGGGCCCUGGAAAGCACUUGAAGGGCCGCACAAUCCUGGGCGGUGUCAUUCAGCCAGAGGAGUUCGAUCGCUUCCACGAGCUCAUCCUUGCUCAGGAGCUCACCCGUCCGAGCUGCCGUGGCUACCGUGAUGGUCUCAACUCCGGUGCUACUAUUGGCCUUCCUCCCGUCAUCCACUUCGGUCGUCCAGAACUGCGCGAUCGCGUCGUCGAGGAGGUGCUUUCGGGAAAGAAGUUCAUGUCUCUUGCCAUCUCCGAGGCCUUCGCGGGCUCGGAUGUCGCCGGCUUGAACUGCACUGCAACCAAGACUCCCGAUGGCAAGCAUUGGAUCAUCAACGGCACGAAGAAGUGGAUCACGAACGGCACGUUCUCCGACUAUUUCACCGUAGGCUGCAAGACCGACAAGGGAUUGACUGUCAUUUUCGUUGAGCGCCAAGAUGGCAUCGAAACCAAGCCUAUCAAAACUUCGUACUCAUCAACAGCAGGAACGGCCUACAUCACUUUCGAAAACAUCAAGGUACCAGUGGAGAACACCCUUGGCCCUGAGGGUGGAGGAGUAUUCGUCAUCCUCAGCAACUUCAACCAUGAGCGAUGGGUCAUGUGCUGCGCCGCUGCUCGGAACAUGCGCCUCAUCGUCGAGGAGUGCUUGAAGUGGGUGAACCAGCGGAAAGCGUUCGGCAAGCCUCUGCACUCGCAAGCGGUCAUCCGACACAAGCUCGCGGACAUGAUCGCAAAGACUGAGGCCGCUCAACACUGGUUGGAGAACAUCUCCUACCAGAUGGAACACAUGGACUACAAGCAGCAGGCGCAGCUCCUCGCCGGGCCCAUUGGGUUGCUGAAGAUGUUCAUCACGCGUUCCGCGCAGGACAUUGCGCGGGACGCCGUGCAGAUCUUUGGUGGUCGUGGGAUCACGAAGACGGGCAUGGGCAAGCACAUCGAACACUAUCACAGGACCGUUCCCUUCGACUCUAUUCUUGGUGGAGCGGAGGAUGUCCUGGGCGACCUUGGUGUGCGGCAGGCGAUUAAGAUGAUGCCGAAGAACUCGAAGUUAUAG